CAAACACUUACCCAGGCCUACACAUUCCUCACUGCACAAACUUUUUUUAUGUGAAUCUAAUAGCAACCAAUGACAUUUUCCUACUUUUUCCUCACUUGGAAUCUGCAUUGGGGAUCUGGGAAUUGCUUCUUGAGGGAAUAAUGAACAUCUGUGAAUUGAGGCAGAAGUAGUUUUGGACUGCUACUCCAUUGAAUUCCGGUGUUUUGAGGUUUCUCUUGUUCUCUUUUAAAGGGCUGGCAGUGGGACAAACUAAGGAGGAAUACAGCUUCCUUUUUCUUUUCUUUUUUUUAUCCAGAGGUGCUAAACUGUAAACAGUGUUGGGUGUGUGUGAUACAGGGACAUGCUGACACGGUUAAGUAUGUAUUUUCAGUAGAAUUUAAACACACACCGUGCAAAAGGACUUCCCAGAACUCCAGCUGCAGACAGUUCUUUAACUUUGACAGUUGAAAGAUGUGAACCUAUAGGAAAGGAAGCCCUGCUGGACUGUGCUCUUCAUGUUGAAUAUCUCAUACAACAUCCUGGGAAAUGAGCAUAAGAUCUUGUCCACUGAAGACCAUCUUGUAGGACGGUUGGAUGAAAGGAAGGAAUACCUUGUUUUAGUGUUACGUGGAUUACACUUUUACAAAAGUACAAAUAUGAAGACUGCUGCCAUUGCUACCAUUGCUUUACUGGUGUCAGCCUCUCUAAUAGACCUGCCCCUCACCAUGGCUGAUGGUCUUGUCCGGCUCAACACAGGAGUCCAGGUUGGCAGAGGGCAGGUGGUAUACGUGACGAACAAUGAACUUCAAUUCAAUAUCCCUAAAGAAGUAGACUCGUGCAAGGUGGAGGUUGUGCUGAAUGAGCCAAUAACGCAGAGGGUAGGGAAGCUCGGCCCUCAGGUGUUCGACUGCCAUUUCUUACCCAAUGAAGUGAAGUAUACCCACAACGGCUCCCCUAUACUGGAGGAGGACAAUGUGAUGCUGAGAAUAUACAGGUUUACAGAAUCAGAGACCUUUGUGGAGACAUUCCUCUUGAACGUGCAGGUGAAGGAACCCGAAGUCAGUUUGAUCCAAUUCGGCGUGGUGCACCUUGAAGUCCCGCAGUUCCACGGAGUGUCCAAUCCUAUGGAUGGCCGUGUGGUGUCUUUCAACACUAGCUCAGGUACCAUCUGUACAGUGAGGAUAAUGAGCUCAGAGACGCAUACCCCUGCUCACGGGCAACUAGUGACUGAGAACCCAUCCAGAUCCCAGAAGAACGAGGCAACAGCAGGCUCAAUCCUGCACAAAGGCUUAAGGAAAGCCAGACAAGCCAGGCUCCCCUGCCCCAGCAACAAAGCCUGCCAUCCUGGUGUCAAGGAGGUGCGCUUCCUCAAGGCAAAUUGUGAAGACUUCCUUCACAUGGGUCUGAAGUACCAACACCUCAGCCCUCCCUCUCCCAACGUCGACUACAUUCCCAUUCGUGUGGAAAUCAGAGACGAGAAGACACGCACUCAACUGCAGGCGGAGAAUGCCUGGAUUCCAGUUAAGAUCUGGGGGGCAAUCCAGAACCAGCAGCCCCGGGGAGCUUUCAUGUCCAUGUUUAUCCUGGAGGUGGACCAGUUCAUCCUGACCCCGCUGAGCACUGCCUCUCUGGAUGCAGAAGACGACGAGACGCCUCAGUCCAGGCUGGUCUUCAGUGUCACCAAGCCCCCGGAUGAGGGCUACAUUACCCAUCUGGAUGACCACACCAAGCCUGUGUCUUCCUUCAGCUGGCAGGACCUCUAUGAGAUGAAGAUCGCCUACCAGCCUCCGAACGGCAGCCAUAGAGGCAGGAGGAACUUUGAGGUGGAGUUUGAAGCUAUUGACGGAUUCUUUUUAAAGAGCCCCUCCAUCAUGGUUCAUUUUUCCAUCCGGACAACUGAAACCAAUGCACCACGAGUCUCCUGGAACAUGGGGAUGGAUUUGUUAGAGGGCCAGUCGAGACCGAUCACAUGGGAGAACUUCCAGAUCGUGGACAAUGACAACAUCCAUGCAGUCUACCUAGUGACAGUGGAUGGCCCACAGCACGGGCGACUCACAGUAAGAGGUGGCAAGGGUUUUAUGUUCAAAGUUCAAGACAUCAAAGAUGGUACGGUGCGCUAUCACCACUCUGACAGCGACACCACCAAAGACUACAUCAUCUUCCGCAUCUCUGACGGGAGGCACAGCAUUCGCCACAAGUUCCCCAUCAACAUCCUGCCCAAAGACGACACGCCCCCCUUCCUUAUCAACAGCGUGGCGUUUGAGCUGGAGGAGGGUGGCAGCGUGCAGGUCCAGGAGUUCAUGCUGCUGGCCUCAGACUUCGACUCCAGCGACGACUACAUCCUCUACAGACUCACCAGCCCGCCGAGAGCCGGAGAGAUUGUCAAGAAACACUCACCAGAACAUUCAGGUACCCCUGUGCUGAGCUUCCUGCAGAGAGACCUGUUUCACGGACUAAUCUACUACCACCACCUGGGGGCUGAGGUCUUCGAGGACUCCUUUGACUUCACCCUGUCCGACAGCCACGAUCCCCCCAACCUCUCACAGACCCAUACGGUGGUGAUACACAUAUCUCCUGUGAAAGACCAGCUGCCUAAGGAAGUCUCCGAUAGUGUGCGUUCUAUUGUCGUCAAGGAAACGGAGAUCGCCUACAUCACCAAGAGUCACCUGCACUUCAGGGACACUGAGUCUGCAGACACUGACCUCAUGUACUUUGUGACCAAACCCUGCUUCUCCCCAAGAUCACCUGGGGUAUAUGACGCUGGGAAACUGUUCUAUACAGACAGCAUGAGCUCCAUGAAGAAGGAUACUUCUGUCCCAGUGCUUAAGUCCUUCACUCAGCAUGCUGUAAACCACUUGAAGGUCGGCUACAUGCCCCCACAGAUGGACAUCGGGCCCGAGCCCCUCUUCGUGCAGUUUGUCUUUACCGUGACUGACCAGCAGGGCGGCGAACUCACAGGGCUGAUCUUCAACAUCACCGUCACACCUGUGGACAACCAACAACCUGAGAUUUUCACCAAUCAGAUGAAAGCAGAGGAGGGUUCUGGGUGCUUCAUCACUCCGGAGAACCUGCUGGUGAGGGACGUAGAUUCCAGGAAGGAGGAUCUGAGGGUGCAGCUGAAGAGGAGACCCCAGCACGGGGCCAUCGAGCUGCAGGGACUGGCCAUGCUGGAGGGGGACUUCUUCACAUUGCAGGACCUACAGGCGUUCAAAGUCAGGUACCAACAUGACGACUCAGAAACCCUCGAAGAUGCAGUGGUGUUCACGGCUACUGAUGGCUUCAACUCUGCAGAUGGGGUGCUUAUAGCACAGAUCAUCCCGUUAAACGAUGAGCCCCCGGAGCUGGGCGCAGGGUUGAAGUCCGGGCUGGAGUGUCCAGAGGGGGGGAAGGUGUUAAUCACAGCAGAGUACCUGUACGCCACAGACGCAGACAGCGAUGAUGCCAAGCUGACCUACAUGCUGGGCCGCACACCAACUCACGGGGCAGUGAGGAGGAGUGGAGUCACAGUGGACAGGUUCACCCAGCUGGACGUCAUUCAAGGAUUCAUCUCUUAUGAGCACACUGGGGGCGAGAUUGGGCCUAGCCCCUGCUCUGACACGGUCACUCUAAUUGUGUCAGAUGGCGAGGCUGGCACUGUGGACAGUUGUUGCCAGGACGACACCAUCCCGCCAGUGCCCCUGCACGGCUCACUUCCUGUCUAUGACCUGAAUAUUACUGUGCUGCCCAUCAACAACCAGCCUCCUUCCAUCACAGUGGGCGACAUGUUUGUGGUGGACGAGGGCUCCUCAGCUGGUCUGCUGCCUGAUUCUCUGAGCGCCUCUGAUGACGACACCUUCCCUGAGGGGCUGCACUUCCUCCUGGAGACCCCCCCACAGUACGGCUACCUGGAGAACAUCCUCCCCUCCCCCGGCUACGAGAAGAGCAACGCCGGCCUCAGCGUGGUCUCUUUCAGCACUCAGCACCUCCAGCAUGGCUACAUCCACUACGUGCAGUCCCAGCACCAGGGCCUGGAACCUACAGCUGAUCACUUCAUGGUUGCCGUUAGCGAUGGGGUCCACAAGUCCAUAGCGAGGCCUUUCUAUGUCAUCAUCAACCCCACCAAUGAUGAGAGUCCGCUGCUGCACCUUGGGAACCUCACAGUGAUGGAGGGUGGGAUGAGGGAGUUGAGCCCCUCAGUCCUGAAUGCUAUGGAUUUGGACGCCCCUCCAGACACCCUCUCUUUCUCUCUCAUUGCUCCUCCUGUCCAUGGAACUGUCCUGAAUGAGAUCUAUGGAGUCCAGAGGAGCCGCUACAAGCAGAUGGGGUUGGAGAUGCUGCGUGAGAACCUGCCCGUCCACAGAUUCACUCUGGACCAGCUUCGAGAAGGAAUGAAGCUCGUCUACAUGCAUGAUGACACGGACACCCUCCAGGACAGCUUUACCAUUCAGCUGACAGAUGGCAAACACACAGUCCAGGGGACAGUGUACAUCCACAUCAUACCAGUCAACGAUGAAAAGCCACUGCUGUUGAAGAAUGCUGGUCUGGAGGUGGACGUGGCAGAGAACAAGGUGAUCUCCAGUGUGCUGCUGGAGGCUGAAGACAAGGACACUCCCAGAGAGAGCCUCCUCUAUGUAAUUACCACCAGCCCAGCAUUCGGACAGCUCCAUUUAAAGAUGCCCUCAGGCUGGGUGCCCCUGCACCCGGGUAUGAACUUCACCCAGGAGGAGGUGGAUAUGAACCGGCUGUGGUACCUACACACCACCAUCCUGGGCUCCAAGGGCCACGACAGCUUCCGCUUCUACCUGACAGACCUGGAGAACCAGUCCCCCCCCCAGAGCUUCUACAUCUCCCUGCGCAACAUCCACAAAGGUGACAUUGUUCUUCUCACCAGACCUGUAACUCUAACCGAUGGUGACAGGGUGACCUUGACAACAGAUGUUCUCCUGGCAACAGAUGGCACUGGCAAGGCUGAGGAGCUGCUGUACGCCAUCUCAGUGCCACCUGCGCAUGGUCACAUCGAGUACAUCAAUUAUCCCGGCGUGCCCAUCGCAGGCUUCAGCCAGUUGGAUGUGGCGGCCCAGAAAGUGUGCUACUUGCACGACAACAGCCACGAGGCAAUGGCAGACUCUUUCAGCUUUGUGGUUAGCAACGGACUGACAACCAAAAACGGGUUUCUGAAGUUUGUCAUUGAGCACAUGGACCGUAUCCCACCCACGUUGCUUAGCAACAAGGGCCUGCAGCUGCUGGAAGGCGCCAUGGUGACCAUUACUUCAGAGGUUCUAGAACUCACAGACCCUGACACUGUGGUGGGCAACCUGACCUAUUCCAUUACCCAGCAGCCCCGGCAUGGGAGGCUCUUUCUGAAGGGGAAGGCCCUGCCCAUGGGCCGCUUCACCCAGACAGACGUGAACGACUUGGACCUGACCUACCAACACAAUGGAGGCCAGGCGGAAAUUGACCAGUUCACCUUCACUGCGUCUGACGGGACCAACGAAGGGUUUCUGCUGUACGGACAACUAAGAAAGGAGCCUGUAGAGUUUACUAUACAGGUGGAUCACAUUGACAAGUCCUCCCCCUGCAUUGUUACCAAGGGGAGACCUAGCACAGUGGAGGGCCUGAAGGAUGGCAGGUUUGUGAUCUACAUCACAGCACGCUCUCUCAAAGCCAUGGACCAGGACAGCAAAGACGAGGAGCUGGACUUCACAAUCCUGAGACCGCCCCAUUCCGGGUACCUGGAGAAUGCCUUCACAGGGGAAUACGUCAAGGGCCGCUUUACCCAGAGGGACUUGAAUCUGCGUUCUAUCCGCUAUGUCAUCAACCCAUCGAUCGAGGUCACUGGAGACAGCUUUGAGUUCAGAGUCUCAGACCCUGCGGGCAAUGCCAUGCUACCAGAAGUGAUGGAGUUGACGUGGUCCAGGAUUGAACUGGCAGCUCAGUGUUUCCGUGUUUGUGAGAACGUGGGUACCCUCUCCAUUCAAGUGGUCCGGAGUGGGAACAGUGAAGAUCCCUCAUACAUAGGCAUUCAGGUUCAGGAAGAUUCUGCUAAAGUGGGCAGGGACUUCACUCACAGCUCAGCCAGCUUGAUUCAGUUUGAUCCAGGUGUUUCAACAAAGAUGUGGAACAUAUUUCUGAAGGAUGACGGUUUGGAAGAGAACAAUGAAAAGUUUAAGAUACAACUAAGUGUCCCAAAAAAUGCAAUUUUGGGUCAGAAGGACAAAGCCAGUGUGGAGAUCAUAGACCCCAGAGGAGGUAGCUGUGACCCUGAGGAGCUACGUCCAGAUGGCAAUGUUGAGAUGUCUUUUAUCCCAGCGAUUGACAGGCCCUCGAACGGUGGGAGCUCAGUCUCUCAUCCAGAGAAGGGGUCCAGCUCGAAGAGGGAGGAGCCGUGGGAGCGCUAUGCUUCUCCGCUCAGGGGGGACGUCCCCCAGACUGACCACUAUCUGGACUACAGCGGGGGCGUGGUCCAAGAGGAGGUUCCCAGACCGCAGACGAGGAAACAUCUCCAAGUAGUCGGCAGCAGCAGAAGGGUUCGUCCUUCGGGGGUUGAAAGGAAAAAUGAAGAGACAGUAUGGACCUUCCACGGGAUUAUUCCACUGAGAGUGGGAGAGAAGAGAGUGGCAGUCCCAGUGCAGCCCAGCUCCUUCCAGACAGACCUGCACGUCCCACAAAGCUGGUCCUGGCAGCCCUCCUCUCUCCAUCUCAACAGGGGAGGAGAAAUUCCACAGGGGGACUCGCCACCUGUGUACAUAAGCGCACCAGCAAUCUUGAGCACAAGUGUUGAUAACUCAAGCUGCCCACCUGGCUGGACGCUCCAUGGGAAGCACUGCUACAGCCUGAGCCCUUCAUAUUUAGCCACCUGGGAGAGAGCCGAGAAGGACUGCAGACUAAUGUUCCAAAGCCACCUCGUCAGUGUUCAUUCCGAAAAAGAAAUCAAGUGGCUGUGGAAGUUUGCUGGAAAACUGCCAUUCUGGAUCGGACUGACAGACCAGGGUGAGCCUGGGAGGUGGGUGUGGAGCAACGGUAGACCUGUAUCAUUUACAAAACUGAAGCAGGGGGCGAAGUCAUCUGAAGGGGGCGCUGUCUCCAGGUGUGUCCUGAUGCAGGAUAAGAAGAGAUGGAUCUUAAGAAGCUGCAAUAUGAGGAAGGAGAGAUUUGUCUGUUCACUCCCAGCACUGAGACACUAGUGCACCAUUUUACAUCAGUUAAAUCCCUUUAAUAUCACUACUGUGAAAUGUAAAAUAAAUAGGGGGACAAAAUUAAAUGUUCUCACCGACAUAUCAUUCAUGGUGUUUCCAAUUCUUGUCUUGUUUAAGUUUGUAAUGAAAAACUGAUUUUUAAAACAUUUUGAUCUCAGCAGGUUCAUAGCAGUAUCUACUAGAGACCUUUACUAUAUGCCUCUAGUUAGAUCCCUAUGAGGGAGUUUUGCGGCCUCAAUGGGAGAAUACAUUCAAUUUGAUUAGUCUCACUUCCUACACCUGCUGACAGUUGUGUUGUGAUGCACCUGAUUAGAAUUGCCUCUGCUCACAAGAUGCAUUGAGUCUGAUGUUUUUUUUUCAGAGAAGCUCACAUAAGUGUUAAAGGUGAAACUAAUAAUCAAAUGAGUCUAACUCUCUUACCUUUGGUCUAACAUGAUAAAGUAAAAAGCCCUUGUGGGGAACUAACUGAAAGCAUUAUGUCCUUCAGUAGAUAUUGUUAUGAACCAUGCUGAACUCAAACUUUUUAAAAAUAAAUAUCCAGUACUGUGGAAAGGCUGUUCUAAGAAGGAAGAGACUCAGAGGCAGAGAAUGCAGGUUUAAGUGCUGGUGCGGACGUUUAAUAAUAAUAAUAAUAAUAAUAAUAAUAAUAAUAAUAAUAAUAAUAAUAAAUUAACAAAACACUAAACAGACAUGCACAAAAACACAUUAACAAAUAAAACAGGCUCAAGGGCCAAAACAACAGGCUAUAAACGCGGACGAAUGGCACAGCACAGAACAUGAAAAACACACACCACAUACCUUCACUAACAUUACCUCUAACACACUAACCAUUUCACCACCCAUGAUCACCUUAUUUACACACCUGUGGCUGAAGCGUUAAUUAAUCAUUCCACUCUACCACACUGCCACAAGUUCAUAAUGAAAACUGAAACAAAACAAGAAUUGGAAACCAAACCUCAUGAAUGGAACAUAAGUGACAGAAUUGUUGAACUGUGUACACCCUACUUAUUCCACCUUUAAUGCCCUCUUAUUAUCACCAUUAUGAUGUCAAUGCAGACAAGCUCCUGAUGAGAAUAUCAUUUCAGUUCAAAUCCCCCCUGGGGUUUGCAGUUAUCAGAUACACAACGGAUUUCCACUGCAUUGCUGUUUAAAGUUCAAUAUUGAGUAACAUUGUUGCAGAAUACAGUAUACAUAACACUGCUGUUUGUAUGUUUACAGCUUUUUGAUGCUUACAAAGUACAACCUAUUGGACAAGUACAAUAAAGUGGAGUAAAUGAAUAAUGUCAUGAUUCAAUAUGUAUAAUGAUACCGAUUCAUGGUCCUGAUGGGCUACUUGCAUGAUGCAGAAGAAGUUCAGUGAUCAUUUAAUGAUGAACUACUUUAUUAAAAGACAAAAAUGUAAUGAGACAGGGAGAGUAUGUAUUUACUUUAUUCUUCAUUCUUCGUACAACAAGCUAUGUUGUGUUAUUGCUCAUGUUUCACAGUAGAAACAAUACAUUCCUCUAUUUAUCAUUCGAUAUAUCAUGUAAAGAAACAAAUCGUUAAACCCAUAUUUAUAAACUCCCCAUCAAGGAAACUCACAAUCAGUCUCCUUGGACUGAUAUUCAAAUGCAGAACACUAAAUAUGAUAUACUGAUAUAUUUUGAAGGCAUAACUUAUUCUACCCUGGGGUUGUAUUGUGUUAAAUUGUCUGGUGUUCUUGUAAGAUGCCCACUGGAAGCUGGGUACACACCACCAGACUUUUAUCAGCCACUUAUCAGCCACUUUAGCCUUGCCAGAUAAAGGGCAUGAGAAGCAAGAGAAUAUGUAUUGCAGCCUCACAUAUUUAAAAGUUUUGAACAACAGGAACAUAAUCAAUACCACAAUAAC